AAUCAGAGGCCAAGUUUAUCAUAAAAUAGGCUCAUUGCUGCCAAUGCCAAACGAACCACAUAAAUUUUUACAAAUCUACUUUAUGGGCGGCGAAGACUCCGGAAGUGCACUAGCCAAUCGGGUGGAUGCACGUUGUGGCUACAAUAAACUUGAUUAAUUCUUUGCUAGACGCAUCGUCAGCGAGCUGGAUGCUCUAUUGAAUGAGCAUAAUGAAUUGUUGAAAAUAUUCUAAUCCCACAUGCGCAAAUUAGAAAGCGAUAAUCACGCUAUUGUUAUUAAUCCUGAUAAAACACCAGCUGGAGAACACAUUCCUAGAUUCAAUGCACCUGUUGCUGACGACGUUGCUGGAAUCAUGGUUGGCGAUCGUACAGGUGCACGAAAAAUUGUGAUUCGUAGGAGAAAUAAUAAUCUUCAGUUCAUUGCUGAUACACACCGUUCAUAUGACGCUCUCCAAUAUCCGCUAAUCUUCUGGAAGGGACAAGACGGAUAUAGCAUAAAUAUUAAACAACGAGAUCCCGUAUCAGGAGCCGAAACAAACAAGAACGUUAGCUCGAAGGAUUAUUAUGCGUAUAGAUUGAUGAUUAGACGCAGGCUGGAUAACGUCAUUCUACGAUUUCGAGAGCUUUUUCAACAAUUCAUGGUCGACAUGUACGCGAAGAUAGAAGGCGAACGACUACGAUACUUACGAUAUAAUCAACUCAAGCUACGUGUGAAAGAGUACAUUCACUUGCGAGACGCUAUUGUCAACAACGCCGACGCCGCCGAAAGUGGUAACUCUGUCAUUCUACCAUCAUCGUGAGUAGGCAGUUCACGUCAUAUGCAAGAGUAUAUUGUUAUGCUUCCAUCUAGUGGAUGUUAUUUUUAUUUAUUGAAAACUUUACUUACUGUAGUUCUUUCGCCCGGGAGUAUUAAAAUACUCGGUUUCAG